AGUUGGGAAAAAAAAAAUCAAAAUGGACGGAACGGAAUGGCCGCCGUAGGAUUCGUCUCGCGAAAACUGGAGCUCCUCCACCACCCCGAUCUCUCCCGAUGCCUCGCCGCCUUCCCCGCCCCUUCCGAGCUCAGGCGCGUCCAUGCGCUCGUAGUCACCUCCGGUCUCUCCUCCGAUGCCUUCACCGUCGCUCGGCUCCUCGCCAGCUGCGCUGUUCCUUCCUCCGGCGACCUCCACCAUGCCCGCGCCCUCUUUGCCAGUAUCGAACGCCCCACUCCCUUCAUGUACAACACCAUGUUCCGCGCGCUUUCCCGCAGUCCUCGCCCGGUUGAGUCCAUCCACCUCUACUCCCGCAUGCUUCGCUCUGGCAUCUGGCCGGACCGGCUCACCUUCCCCUUCCUGAUCCGUUCGUGCUCGGUGCUUGGGUCCAGGGGCCUUGGUCAGGGAGUCCACUGCCACGCGGUGAAGCACGGGCUCGACUCCGACGUGUUCGUCGUCAACAAUGCUAUCACCAUGUACUCGGAUUGGGGCGACAUGGUCUCCGCCCGGAAGCUGUUCGACGAGAAUGUUGACGUAGCGGAUGUUGUAUCGAGGACCGCACUGGUUACUGGGUACUCGAAUUGCCGGCAGUUGGAUUGCGCGCGGUGGUUGUUCGAUCAAAUGCCUGAAAGAAAUCCCAUUUCAUGGAAUGCUAUGGUUGCAGGGUAUGCAAAGGAAGGGAAUACCAUGGAAGCACUGCAGCUUUUUGACAAAAUGCCUGACAGAAAUCUGGCUUCAUGGAGCUCGAUUAUUUCAGGUUUUGCACAAUCAGGACGUUGCAAGGAGGCGUUGACAGUGUUCAGAGAAAUGGUCGUAAGGAAUGUCACCCCAAAUGAAUCAGCAUUGGUCAGCGCAGUGUCUGCUUGUGCACAGUUAAGGGAUUUGAAUCAAGGGGAGUGGCUACAUAAGUACAUCAUGGAGCAUAUGGUCGAGAUGAGCAUCAUCCUAGGCACAGCUUUGGUGGACAUGUAUGGCAAAUGCGGGAGCGUAACAAAGGCCAUUGCUGUCUUCAAUGUGAUGCCCGAGAAGAACGUGUAUACAUGGAACUCAUUGAUCGCUGGCCUGGCCAUGAAUGGCUCUGAAAUGCCAGCACUGGCUCUCUUCUGGAAGAUGCAGUUGACUGGUUUGGAGCCAAAUGCAAUAACCUUCAUUGGACUGCUGAGUGCCUGUAGCCACGCGGGGUUGAUCACUGAAGGCCAGCAAUUCUUCGAUACGAUGACUCGAGUUUACAGGAUUAGACCCCUUGAAGAGCACUAUGGUUGCAUGGUUGAUUUGCUCGGUAGGGCAGGGCUAUUCAAAGAAGCUCUUGAGUUUGUGGAGACUAUGCCGGUGGAACCCCAUCCAGGACUGUGGGGAGCCCUUGCUGGUGCCUGUAGGAUUCAUGGAAAUGUGGAAUUGGGCGAGAAAGUAGGGAAGCAGUUGAUUGAUUUGGAGCCGCAUCACGGUGGGAGAUAUGUCUUGUUGGCAAACUUAUAUGGUGCUGCAAGGAGAUGGGACGACAUGUCCAUGGUGAGGAAAUUGCUGAAACAGCGGAAGGCUGCAAAAUUCCCCGGGAAGAGCCAAGUUGAGCCAGUUCAAGCCAACUGAUCACUGGUCUCUUCCUUGAAGACAAAUCAGAGAUUCAUAUGUAAACUGAGAAAAUAUCUCUCAAAAUUUUGGUGUCAAUGUAGUUUUUAUCGGGUUUUCGCUGUAGAUAGUGUUAUAUUAUUCAGCAGCUGCUGCAGGCCCCUUAGAGCUUUACUUUGAAUAAUUGGAAGUGAAUUUACUUUCCACCAGCAUGAAAGCUAAAAAAUUGUAAAUGGUGACCAUCUUUUCUUUGGUUCGUCAUUUUCGCAUUUGAAGAAUCAGAUAAUUGUGAUAAUCAUUUCAGAAAUUCAAGUGCAAGUUUCUCAGUGAUUGAAAUAAGAUGAACUUGCUUGA